CUUUUGUGUCAAGCAUUCAAAACAGUGGUAAUGCAGUGUAUGGACCUUUUCUGGAUUCAAAUUAAAACAAACGAAUAGCAAAGAAAAUUUUGGAGAGAACUGGGGAAAGCCAAAUGCAGUAUAAGUUACAUUGAGGAAUUAUUGCUAAAGUUGUGAACACUGUAUUACAAUUAUUUUUAGAAGGCCUUACCUAUUAGAAAUACUUAGUGAAGUACUUAAAGCUUAAAAAAAUGAUGUCUGGGAUUCAUUUUGAAUACUCUGGAUGUAUUUAUGAAUUGCUUUUUCAAAGAGGAAAACUUUUUAAUGAAAAAAACACAAAGACGCAUGGUGGCGCUACAGGAUAAGAUGAGAACAGUACAAAGGCUGGCACGGUGACCUUCACUAUUCAGAACAGAAAACAUUCAACCCACUGAAAAGACAGGCAUUAAAGGAGAUUCGCCUACAGGGCUGCUGGAGGAUACACUCUCCAGGGGUUUCCUACUAAAAACCAGAGCUUCAGCUUCCAAAAUUGGGGCUGAGCUUGAAUUUUUUCACAAGAGGUUGCCUGAAGGAACCAUGAAGAUCAGAGGGGCGCUCGCUCUGCAAAAAAGGCAAGUUCUGGUAUUCUUUGUUUUGCUGGGAUUGUCUCGGGCAGGUGCUGAAUCUGCACACUAUUCUGUUGCAGAGGAAACAGAAAUUGGCUCUUUUGUGGCUAAUCUGGCGAGGGACCUAGGGCUGGGGGUGGAGGAGCUGUCUUCACGGGAAGCCCGGGUGGUGUCUGAUGAUAAUAAAAAGUAUUUGCACCUUGAUUUGCUGACUGGGGACUUGCUCCUAAAUGAGAAACUAGACCGAGAAGAGCUGUGUGGCUCCACCGAGCCCUGUGUGCUACAUUUCCAGGUGGUUUUGGAAAACCCUUUGCAGUUUUUUCAGGUUGAGCUGCAUGUCAAAGACAUAAAUGAUCACUCCCCUACAUUCCUAGACAAUGAAAUACUUAUUAAAAUAUCAGAAGGUACCACUAUUGGAACUACAUUCCUAUUGGAGAGUGCUCAAGAUUUGGAUGUCGGAAGCAACAGUCUCCAAAACUACACGAUUAGCCCCAAUUCUCACUUCUAUAUUAGAAUUCCAGACAGUGGUGACAGAAAGAUAUACCCAGAGCUGGUCCUAGAUAGAGCUUUAGAUUACGAGGAGAAAGCUGAACUCAGAUUGACACUCACCGCACUGGAUGGUGGAUCCCCACCCAGGUCUGGGACAACUUUGGUUCUCAUUCAGGUAUUGGACAUCAAUGAUAAUGCCCCUGAGUUUCCUCAGAGUCUGUAUGAGGUGCAGGUUCCUGAGGAUAAACCCAUUGGCUCCUGGAUUGUUACCAUCUCAGCUAAGGAUUUGGAUGCAGGAAACCAUGGGAAAAUAUCUUACACAUUUUUCCAUGCAUCAGAAGACGUUCGUAAAACAUUUGAAAUCAAUCCAAUGUCUGGAGAAGUUAAUUUGAGAUCACCCCUGGAUUUUGAAGCAAUACAGUCCUACACCAUAAAUAUUCAGGCAACAGAUGGUGGGGGUCUUUCAGAAAAAUGCACCCUUCUAGUUAAAGUUAUGGAUAUAAAUGACAACCCACCAGAAGUGACCAUGUCGUCGAUUACAAAAAGAAUUCCAGAGAAUGCCUCAGAGACCCUAGUAGCUCUUUUUAGUGUCCUAGACCAAGACUCUGAGGACAAUGGGAGGAUGAUUUGCUCUAUUCAAGAUAACCUCCCUUUUAUCCUGAAACCGACCUUCAAGAACUUUUUCACGAUAGUUUCUGAAAAAGCACUGGACAGAGAGAGCAGAGCCGAGUACAACAUCACCAUCACCGUCACUGACUUGGGGACCCCAAGGCUGAAAACCGAGUACAACAUAACCGUGCUGGUCUCCGACAUCAAUGACAACGCCCCCGCCUUCACACAAACCUCCUACACCCUGUUCGUCCGCGAGAACAACAGCCCCGCCCUGCACAUCGGCAGCGUCAGCGCCACAGACAGAGACUCAGGCAGCAACGCCCAGGUCACCUACUCGCUGCUGCCGCCCCAGGACCCGCACCUGCCCCUCACCUCCCUGGUCUCCAUCAACGCGGACAACGGACAGCUGUUCGCCCUCCGGGCGCUGGACUACGAGGCCCUGCAGGCGUUCGAGUUCCGCGUGGGCGCCACAGACCGCGGCUCCCCGGCGCUGAGCAGCGAGGCGCUGGUGCGCGUGCUGGUGCUGGACGCCAACGACAACUCGCCCUUCGUGCUGUACCCGCUGCAGAACGGCUCCGCGCCCUGCACCGAGCUGGUGCCCCGGGCGGCCGAGCCGGGCUACCUGGUGAGCAAGGUGGUGGCGGUGGACGGCGACUCGGGCCAGAACGCCUGGCUCUCGUUCCAACUGCUCAAGGCCACGGAGCCCGGGCUGUUCGGCGUGUGGGCGCACAAUGGCGAGGUGCGCACCGCCAGGCUGCUGAGCGAGCGCGACGCGGCCAAGCACAGGCUGGUGGUGCUGGUCAAGGACAAUGGCGAGCCCCCGCGCUCGGCCACCGCCACGCUGCACGUGCUCCUGGUGGACGGCUUCUCCCAGCCCUACCUGCCGCUCCCGGAGGCGGCCCCGGCCCAGGCCCAGGCCGACUCGCUCACCGUCUACCUGGUGGUGGCGUUGGCCUCGGUGUCGUCGCUCUUCCUGUUCUCGGUGCUCCUGUUCGUGGCGGUGCGGCUGUGCAGGAGGAGCAGGGCGGCGUCGGUGGGUCGCUGCUCGGUGCCCGAGGGUCCCUUUCCGGGGCAUCUGGUGGACGUGAGCGGCACCGGGACCCUGUCCCAGAGCUACCAGUACGAGGUGUGUCUGACAGGAGGUUCUGGGACAGAUGAGUUCAAAUUUCUGAAGCCGAUUAUCCCCAGUUUUCAAGUUCAUGACACUGGUAAGAAUACGGGGGAAAUGGAGAACUAUCGGAAUAACUUUGGAUUUAACAUUCAAUAAAACCAUUUAUUUUGUAUUUCUAA